CAAAAGAUUACUGCUAAUUAGAGAAAACUAAAAAUCUCAAGUUAAUGAAUUUAGUGCUUUUCCCUGUAUGGGAAGAUGCAAGAGUCUGGGCUCAUAGAAAUUAUUCCUUUGAUGUGCACCUAUACCAUCUAGGGCCAGUAUCCUGCUUUUCUCCAUCCUGAAUCCCCUCAGGGUGCACUCUUGGGGGCAGCUGCAGUGGCUGAGGGCUUCAUGGCCUCAACAUCCUUUGUUUACUGAGAUGACAGGCGACAUUCUUCGUCCACAGUUUGCUUUAUGUUUUUUGGAAUAUCAAAGUAAAUUGGACACUAUCUGCCCUACUCUUAAUUUAGUUGAAAUCAUUCUUGGGUCAAGUGCUAUCCAAAUUCCACCCAAAUUACCAUUUCUAUUUUCAUUGGGUAUUUAAAUCAUUGCCAUUUCAUAGCCUGGUGUUAGCACUACUGGCAUCAGAGAUGGACAUAGAAUUGCCAUCUGUGAUUUUGUAUGGUGAUGUUAUGAGUUCACUGGACUUUUUGACCUCACUUCUCUACCACAAUUCAGCCGGUGUGUCUAAGUGUUUAAAUCUCAAAAAUAAAAAAGACAGUUAUGUUUAUAUCAGUUUUUGGUCAUAUAGAUGUUUUAAAUUUUUAGUUAAGUGAUCUUAUGUGUUUUGAGAUUUUUUUGCCACACUUAGAAAAAGCUUUCCAAAUCAAAGUUUCUUUAAAAAAAAUUACAGUUGUUUUCCCCAUAAUCUUUUUUGUGUGUGACUGUAAAUGUUCUUUUUUAAGCAAGAGUUUUAUUGAGAUACAAGUCACACACCAUACAAUCACGUCAUCUGAAGGAUACGACUCAGUGGUGUUUAGUAUAUUCACAGAGUUGAGCAACCGUCACCACAGUGUGUCUUAGAACGUUGCCAUCCUCCCAGAAAGAAAGCUCAUACUCAUUAACCAUCACUCCCCAGCCCCUCCAGCCCUAGGUAACAACUGUCCAUCCACUAAUGGACAUUUGCGUCGUUUCCACUGUGGGGCUGCUGUGAAUAACGUACCUAUGAACAUUCAUGUACAAGUUUUUGUGCAGACAUAUGUUCUCUUUUAUCUUAAGUAUAUACCUGAGGAAGGAGAGGUCAGAGGUCACGGGGGCAGGAGGCAUUUCUGCCGUUGGCCUAGUUGCUGUGUAGCAGAGGGGUAGGCAUCCACCGCCACUUCUGGAAGGUUCUUGGGCUUGACUAGGGCAGUAGCGCCAGGACUUCGGGUCUCUGCUGGCUGAGUGGAGCCGCCACCAUGUUUGGCCGCUUGGUGGCGGGGAGGCUGGUGCAGACAGCUGCACAGCAAGUGGCAGAGGAUAAAUUUGUUGUUGACUUGCCUGAUUAUUAAAAUAUCAACCGUGCUGUGGUUUUUAUGCUGGGAACAGUCCCAUUUCCUGAGGGAAUGGGAGGAUCUGUCUACUUCUCCUGUCCUGAUUCAAAUGGAAUGCCAGUACGGCAACUCCUAGGAUUUGCCGUGAGUGGGAAACCGAGUGCCAUCUUCAAAACUUCAGGUCUUAAACCUGGAGGAGGAAGCCAGCACCCUUCUGGGGCCAUGAAUAGUGUCCGGACUCCAUCUGUUGCUCACGUUGGAAGUUCAGUGGAAUUAUUGGACAGUCUGGCUCAGCAGACUCCUGUAGGUAAUGCUGCUGUGUCUUCAGUUGAUUCAUUUACUCAGUUCCCACAAAAGAUGUUGGACAGCUCCUACAGUUUUGCUUCAUUUGAUGUCUCUCAGGCCCAGAUGACACCAAGUCCAUCUGAAAUGUUCAUUCCGACAAAUGUGGUUCUGAAAUGGUAUGAAAACUUUCAAAGAUGACUAGCACAGAACCCUCUCUUUUGGAAAACAUAAUCUGAAUAAAUUAAUUUUUAAUGGAAAAGAAA